AUGCAGUUCUUACAAUGGGUGCACCACAAAUUUCGGCACGGUAGCAUUGAGCCUCUCAAGGAUCUCAGUAUUGGGGAUCCUGGUAUUUUCCUUUCAGCUCAGCCAUCAGUUGAUGAUCAACAUUCCUAUAUGAAGUCAAGCUUUGGCUCCAGCUAUGGAUCUACAUCCUUGGAGCCACCUAAAAGGGACCAAGAAAAAUCUUUUUCUGAAUCUGAAGCCAAUAGAGAAGAAGAAACAUCUGCUAUUAUCUCAGAGCUAUUUCAUGGCUUUCUCACCAUUGGAACAUUUGGCUCUGAACCAAAUAUCAAUGAGCCGGAAACACCAACUUUUGCAACAACUUUAGAGAACUUAACUGAGCAAAAAACAGAAGUGACACAGAAUGACUUGAAGCUCAUCAGCUAUGAGCUAGAAAAGUUCCUUGAGGCAGAGACAAAGGAAGAAGGGGUUCGUGCAUCAUCAGCAAGGAACAGUCAUGCUAGCACCAUUACACUCAAUGGCAAGCAAAUGGAGGAAUCCGAAGAUGAAGAGUACUGGACGACAACUGUGGUAUGUCCGCUCAAAGAAUAUCUCUUUGGGUCCUCAAUUGAACUAACAGACACAAGAAUAGAAGCAAAGAAAGAAAAGACAUCACUGCAAGAGCUGUUUGAUAGGACAAAGAUGACAACUGAAAAUUGUAAGCAGACAAGUGAGAGUGUGGAUAUAAAAUCCGAGCAUAAGCAUACAUCUGCCAUGCAGUUCAUGAAGAAGAUCAUAAAAAAACUCCAUGCUUCUUCGAAAAGCUCUGCCCCUUGUACUGGUGGCGAUGUAACUGAUCCUGUUUCCACCAGGAAGAAAUUUGGUGAGGCAUCUGAUUCUGUUUCAACCAAGAAGAAACCCCAUAAGGUUGGGUUCCUACAACUAGAUAUUCCCAGACCCACAGCUAAACAGCACGUCUGAUGUCUCUGCAUCAUACACA